AUGUCGUCGAUUAAGAUGUUAGAUCCACCAGUGAUGGUCGCUUUCAAUUCUUCAUCUUCGUCGUUGGAACAGAUCAACCCUUUCACUGCAACUGAUGAAGCCAUCUCCAACCACAUCAUCGGAAUCCAUGACUCGCAGGCCCCCAAGUACGAUGUCGGUUCUCUUUACAAUGUUGUCUCCAACAUUGUCAAGAGCUCCACUCACAUCGGCACCUCCCUCGAUCUCAAGCGUCCCAAAGCUGUUGAACUCGUGGAAGAUAAGGUUCCACAGUCCAGUUUCAUGCCACCUUUCGGUAACCUCAAAGAAAUUGCUUGUCAGAUGACAUGCAAGCCUUUUGAGAAAUCUACGGCACAUGAAACAGUAGUGGGAAUUCUGGAGAAGCUUAAAAGCUACUCAUGGGAAGCAAAGGCAGUGAUAGCUCUCUCAGCUUUUGCUUUGGCCUUUGGUGAAACCUGGCGUCUCUCUCUCAUGGAACGUACCAACGAAAGUGCUCUUGAACUCCAUAUCUUCAGGCUUGGGGAAGAAGCCAAGCCUAGCAAGAACAACUUAGACCUCAUUAACACGUUGGUGGACGUUACAUCCAAGCUUAUUGAGGGGAUUUCAACAUUGGAGAAGAAGAUCGCCGACAAAUCUCUUAGCCAAACUUUUGUAUCAUGCUCCUCGAGAACUCUAUGCUUAUUGGAUAGAUGUAGGGAUUGGAACAUCAAAUCCGAAGUUGUUGGGAAGCUCAAUCAUGUUAGCAUGAGAUUGAGUAAUGAGUUGGCUGUGAUUAAACGUGAAGAAGAUGAUUUUCUGGACCGAAAAUGGCGAGAGGAAGUGUUUAUGUCUCCUUCCGGAACUGUCGAUCUUUUGAGGACUCUCAUCUUCUCCAAGGAAAUUACUGAGCUUGAAAUCUUCGAUAACACCACUCAAGAAGUGGUAAGAAACAAUGUUUUGAGGACGAAGAAUAUUUUGCUGUUCAUUUCUGGUCUGGACAACAUCGAAGACGAGGUUUGGGUUCUGAAGUCUAUCCAUGACGCAUUCAAAAAAGACAAAGAGAAGCAAAAUUAUGAAAUCCUAUGGGUUCCUGUAGUGGAGGAAACUGAUGAUCAUAAGAUAACAGAUGAUCAGAAGGAAAAGUUCAAGCAGCUGAAAUCAAACAUGCCAUGGUAA